AUGCCCCGAUACCGGUUUUCCUAUGUCCCCGACUACUUUGUGGACACUGUCGAGGCGGCCAAGGCGUGUCCGGAUUCCAAGCUCACAACCCAGCUCAACCUUGGCCUGUUGGACAAGACUUACAACAGUAAUGACGUUCCUGGGGCGCAUCUGGCUGGAGAAGCCCCUUGGCCCCGGUUUCGCAGGCAAGUGGAGUGGCUGAACAGGAACAGCCCUGACGGCGUGUGCUACAAGUUGCUGUUCCUCCUGCGCCAUGGUCUAAGUGUGCACAAUAUCAUCAUGGCAAAAGUGGGACGAGAAGCUUGGAACAGCUACUGGUCUCAUCUUGAAGCGGAUGGUGAAAUGACUUGGGUCGACGCCAAGCUCACAGAAGACGGCAGCAGUCUCGCCCGCCAUCUCGGAAACCUGUGGGUCGAGUGGGACGUCUUGGGCGUGCCUUUGCCGGAAACGCUCUACACCAGUCCUCUAGCUCGCUGUCUCGAAACGACUAAGCUCGUUUACGAGCCAGUCAUGGCCAAGCAUGGGCGAAGUCUUCGGCCGGUAGUUAAGGAGCUGCUGAGGGAGCGGCUUACGAACCACACUUGCGACAAGCGAAGCAGUCGAUCCUGGAUUGCAAAAACGUAUCCUGAAUACGUUCUCGACCGAGGAUUCGAAAUGAUGGACACGUUAUGGAAGAAGGACCGAUACGAAACGAACGAUGAACACGUUGCAAGAAAACGGCGACUCCUGGAGGACAUAUUCGCCAAUGACAAAUCUACGUUCGUCUCGCUCACGACUCACUCAUAUGCCAUCUCGGCAGUUCUAGAAGUCGUGGGAGCACCCCACUUUCGUGUCAGUGAAGGGGCUAUCAUUCCGCUUCUCGUCAAGGCUGAAGAGGUGUCGAGAGAGUCUAAGGGGAACUGA